AGAGGCCGGGAGGCAGGAGUGGAGCGGCGCCUGCGCGCUAGGACGCUGGGCGGAAGCGGCGGGCGAAAGGCGGCUGCGGGUCGUUUCCCUUCCGGCUCGCGGUCAGCUGGCGGGGGCGAUGGCGGCGGCGGCGGCGGUCGAGGCGGAGUAUGAGUCGGUGCUCUGCGUGAAGCCCGAGGUCAGCGUCUUCCGCAUCCCGCCGCGGGCCUCCAACCGCGGCUACCGGGCCUCUGACUGGAAGCUGGACCAGCCGGACUGGACGGGGCGCCUGCGCAUCACCUCCAAGGGGAAGGUGGCCUAUGUGAAGCUGGAGGACAAGGUCUCAGUGCGUUUUUGGCAAUACGGAAUGCUUUCUGGCCUGGUUCUUGGAUGCCUCCAAAUCAGGAUUUGUGCAAAUUGGAUUCCUUACCUCACUUGUGGCAUGGCUGAUUUUUGCAGUAGGCCCCAGCUUGAAGGGGAGCUUUUCGCCCAGGCCCCGAUUGACCAGUACCCUGGCAUCGCUCUGGAGACGGUAAAUGAUUCGAGCCGGUAUUUCGUCAUCCGGAUUCAGGAUGGAAACGGACGCAGCGCCUUCAUCGGCAUCGGCUUCGGCGACCGAGGCGACGCCUUUGACUUCAACGUGGCCCUGCAGGACCAUUUCAAGUGGGUGAAACAGGAGACGGAUAUCUGCAGGGAGUCCCAGGAGCUGGACAGCCGGCCCAAGCUCGACCUGGGCUUCAAGGAAGGCCAGACCAUCAAACUGAACAUCGGGAACAUGCCCACCAAGAAAAGUGGGUCAGCGAAGCCCCGCCCAGCUGGCUCAGCGGGACUUAACCUCCUCCCCCCACCCCCGGGGGGCAAAGUGGCCCCUCCUCCCCCCGUCCCCCCUCUUUCCUCAACGGCCAUCUCCAACCACGUAACUCCGCCCCCCGUGCUGAAGUCCAGCUGUGCUGGCCACGCAGAUGUUCUCCUAGACUUGGAUGAUUUGCCACCCCCCACCUCCAAGGCUCCCGCGGCGCCUACUGCCGUCCCACCCGGUGCAGACCUGUGGGGAGACUUCAACACUGCGCCCAGCGCAGUUCCCAGCCAGCCCGCUCAGCCAUCCAGCUGGGUUCAGUUCUGAAGAAGCAGCAGCAGAACGGAGGAAACGGACACCGAGGCAGACGGACCCCCUGGGACUGGAGUUUCCUGACCUCUUUGGCCCUUCAGUUGAAUCCUAAUUUCCAGACAAUCCUCCCCUGUUUUUCUUGAUGUCCCCAUUCCAUUGACGCCCAUUGCAUUUUACCUCCUCCAGCAGAAUUGCAAAAGCCUCCCGGAGCUGCUUCAGAAUUUGCCCCACCCGGCGCUCUGGGAGAGCGAGGGAGGAUGGCUGAAACCCCAGUUCCUGCUUCUGGUCAGUCCCCGAGGUCCAGGAGGCUGACCAGACGCGGCUUUUUGUUUGGGAUCUCCAGCCAGGCUUUGUUUCCUUUCUCCCUGUGGGCCUCAGCAAGCAGCCAUGGCCGGUCUCCAUGCCAGCGCUCUGCCUGAUGCUCGCCUGUUGGCGGAAGGCCAGAGCUGCUGCUGCAGAUCUCUGCUCUGGGGGGGGGGGAGGAAUCUGUUGGAUACCUCUGUGGCAGCCCCCCCCUCCUGUUCAGAUUGUAGUCGGGCCCCACUGGAUCCUUUUUCUGCUUUGUAUUUGGGGGGUCCUGCAAUUUCCCCGGCUCCCUUCUCCCCGCUCAGUUCUGGUAAGGAGAUCCCUUCCAAAGCUGGGUGCAGUGGUAACACCCAAGAGACCCUCCCGCUCCCACCACGCCUCUUCCCCGGGGGGGGGGCUCCUCCGCCCCCACCAGAGGGCUCCCUUCUGAGCCCAGUUUGUUGUGCCCUUGAGACGGGCUGCCUGGCAUGCACGUAGCAGGGGGCCUGUGCCUGCCUGACGGAGCACGGCCCGCUCCUUAAUCCGAGGAGCAGGGUGGUGUGGGGGUCUGCCCCUGCCAGGGAGGGUUGGGCUUCCUGGAGGCAGAUUUCUGGCCAGUGUGCUUUGUAGCUGGAGAGCCUUUCCUACUCACGAAGGAGUUUCUGGCAGCGUCUCUUCCCUCUGCCUGCCCGCCCCGUGUCUUUUCGGGAUCUGCGCAGGCCUUCCCUUCCCUCCUCUUGCCGUUGGCGACCUAGAAUGGCUCUGGAACGCCUGCUUCGCUUGGCCCUCGCGUCCGGAGGCCGUUUUCUUGUUGUGCUCUAGAUAACCGUUUUUCCCGGCAGGCUCGUGACCUCCUGGCCGAUGACAGUUACGCUGCUGUAACCUUGGCUCUUGCCUGUGCAUGUCCUGGGUGACCCCUGUGGUUUGGUGCUUCUCCUGUGGGUAGUUUUAAGUGAGCAAGGCACUUCCAGGUAGCCUCUCCCUGUUUUGUCGUCUCUCCACUCCCGGCCACAUCUCGAUCUCCUUUGCAGGGGAGCAGAGGACCUGCUCCGUUAGUAUCAUGAGAAAGACCGCAAAGAAUGAAAUGCACUUUCUGAAAAUAGAGCCCCCUCCCCACUUACUCCUGAAGUUUUCUCUCUCUCAGCCGGCAGCUGAGGGCUCUGUUGGGCUGCAGCUCCUGUGGAAAGUGGGAGCCGUGGCCCAGCACAGCCGGAAGGCGCCUGGAUGGGCUUGGCCGGUCCCACCCCUCCCUCUAGCCCUGCCAUGCCCUGCCUGGAGGUUCUGGGUCCAGCUGACUCCUCUCCUUCCCUGGCAGGAGGCCCCUGGCCAUUUCCACAGCCUCACGGUCAUACCUCAAACAAUUACGUGGCUUCCUAAAUUGACUAAUCGAAUCGGGAGGCUGUCCCUCUGUGUGCGUGUUUUCUUAAGGCUAGUAUUACCUAAAUAAUAUGUAUUGUCACAAACAGAAGUAAUAUUCAUCUGUAUGUAUAUAAAGUAUAAGAUGUACUGGAUCAAUAAUAGCAAAUAAAAUGAGAAUUAAACCU